AUGGUGACUACAAGGAACCUCUAUAUUCAGAGGAAAGAAAUCUCUGAUUCGCAGAGCCAGGAACCAGACGGAGGCACCGCUGACAUCCGAGUCCACCAGUUGUCUCUCUCCACUCUCCUCGGGCUUGGCAAGGAGGCCACGGGACGGCCACGGGUGUGGGCUGCUCGGUGCCGGGCCACCAUUGGGGACAUCCGCUUGAAAUUCCACGGGGGAAACAGCUGGUUCUACAACCGCUUCACUUCCGUACUGGAGAUGCUCCUUCAAUCAAAGCUCAACAAACAACUGUGUUUCGAACUCAAGAAAGGCGUUGAUGAUAUCGCACCAGUCCUGCACGCCAUGAACGUCUCCAUCCGGAUAAAUUCCUUUGCGGAACUGGACUACUCCUUUGUGAGCAAGCCGGUGUUUGGUGUGGACCGGUGCCACGUAGAUCUCAAGGGAGAGUUCUUCACCCCGGGACAGCCCCGUGCAAACGUCUUCACCCCCUCGCCCUUCGUCUUGCCCCAGCAGCCAGGUUCCAUGUUCCUUCUCGGGAUCUCGGAAUUUUUUGCCAAUUCCGCCGCCUCAGCCUACUUCUUCGCAGGGGUGCUUCGGAAGAACUACACCGACGAGAUGAUCCCCAAAGGCUUCCCUUUCCACCUGAACACAGACAAUGUGGGAAUGCUGAUUCCAGAGCUGGAGAAGGCGUUCCCAGAUAUGCCCCUGCAGGUUCUCGUGGGGGCCCGGAAGCCGCCUGCCCUGAGCUUCUACCCCGACGGGGUGCACGUGACAGCCUUUGGAUCGAUUGAAGUGUGCGUCGUCCUGCCCAACGGAAGCUUGGCCCCGGCCUUCCAGCUGAAUAUCGACGGCAACUUCACCGGGCAGUUCUUCCUCGGACCAGUCAGUUCUGGGAACUCCCUCGGCAAGCUUUCGGGAUUGGUGAACCUGAAAAACUUCCAGGUGUACCAGGGCUGGUCGAACAUCGGUGACGUCAAGGUGGAAUUUCUGGAGAAUGCGUUGAAGGUCGGUGUGCAGCUGGGACUGCUGGCAGUCAAUCAGCAUCUGAAGAAAGGCGUCCUCCUUCCCAGCAUCCAUAAUAUCAGCCUGGUGAACCCGCAGAUCACAAUGUACCAGGGCCUGAUGCUCGUAGCGACAGAUCUCCACCGUGCUGAGCUCCCAGCUGCUGUGUAGCCACUAUGAACUGCGAGGAAGGAAGGAAAGGCAGAGA